UGCGUCUGUACUAUUCAUCAGAAUUUGAAACUACUUUUACAUCCUUUUGGUGUGACAUACAAAGAAUUGUUACCUUAUAUUGUCUGUGAUAUAACUAAUAUAGACUGUAUGAUGAGGAAAUGUGAAAAAUGCCCAGCAACUAUGAAUGCAUUGGUUGAAAAACUUUAUGAUAUACUUGGAGAAUUUGAAGAUGAUGAUGAGAUUGAAUUUGAUCAAUGGACAACAACAGAUAGGUCAAACUUGACACAUAAUAAAGAGCCAGUGUUUGAAUACAUUGAACUAGUAUGUAGAAAACUGGAAAAACUUGCACCACAUUCGUAUUUAGCAAAGAGUCAAGCAUUAUACCUGAGAUCAAGAAAGGAAGAUAUGAAUGAGGUAACAGCAUUAUUUCGGUGUGAUUUUUCAAAAAACUAUAAAUUUGUAGUUCAGGAUGAAGUGCAAAGCUUUCAUUGGACAAAUUUAUAAUGUACACUUCAUCCAGUGAAUAUUUAUUUCAAAAAAGAAGGCAUUCUCAAGCACAAAUCCUAUUGUAUUAUUUCGGAUGAUAUGAUCCAUGAUGUGAACAUGGUUUAUAAAAAUAUUGAGUUUGUUUGCAAUGAUAUAAAAACAAAUUUGCCUCAAAUAAAAAAUAUUGAAUACUUUUCAGAUGGGUGUGCAGGUCAAUAUAAGAAUUGCAAAAAUAUGUUAAAUCUUUGUUUCCAUUGUGAAGAUUUUGGUUCUACUGCUAAAUGGAACUUUUUUGCAACUAGUCACGGUAAGCAACCUUGUGAUGGGAUAGGUGGUACAGUCAAACGCCUGGCAACACUAGCAAGUUUGCAAAGAGAUAUGGAUAAUCAUACUUUAUCUCCACAAACAAUGUAUAAAUAUUGCAAUGAAAACAUUGAAGGCAUAAAUUUCAUAUUUAUUUCAUCAGAAGAUUUAACUUUGGUGAGAACCGCUUUUAAAGAACGAUUGGAUACUGCUAAUACAAUACCUGGAACACGUAGUUACCAUCAGUUUGUACCACUUGGCAAUCAAAAGGUAGGCACUAAGCUAUGCAGUGUUGAUGAAGAAUUUGCUUUAAUUCAUGAAUUUGGAAAUAUCCAGAUAACAACUGUAAACCUAGUACCAGGUAAUUAUGCCUGUGUUUCCUAUGAGCAAAAGUGGUGGAUAGGAGUCAUUGAAGAUAUUAAUUUAGAAGAAAAAGAUGUGCUUGUAAAAUUUAUGUGUCCUAAUGGUCCUGCACGGUCGUUUAAAUGGCCACCAAAGGAAAGUCAAUGCUGGAUUCCUGUCCACAUUAUUUGCAAAGUUGAGGUACCAAUAACAAAAACAGGACUUUGCUACUAUUUAGCCAAAGACGACUUAAUUAUUUUCCUUAAUUAUUUUCCUAAGAAAGUAGAGAUUUUUAUAUUUAUGAGUCUAUUAUGUCUUACCCAUUCUUUUUUUAAAUAUUAUGUUUUGUGAACCAACUUGUAAAUA